AUGAAUAAUUCAACUCGACAUUUGCGCUGUAAUGGCGCUAAUUCGGAAGAAGAAUAUCCUUUAAGGUUUCGUGUUCGAAUCCUGAGUACACCAUUUACUGAUACAACGAAGGUUAUAUUGGUAAUGGUUGUGAAAAGUGGCGGUACCGUUCGAGGGGAGCAUCAUCCAGCAGAACACCGUCCGGCUUGGGUAUGUGAAUACGAGGAAACCUUGAGGUCUGAGUGGUCUUGGAAAGAAGGUAGCUAUCAACCGAUCUUUUUGUGA